AUGUCGACCGCCCCUUUCAGGGUCAAGGCCCUGUUCGAAUACUCCUCGCCCCACGAGGAUGACCUUCAAUUCCCCGCCGGCGUCAUCAUCACCGUUACCGACGAGGAGGAUGCCGACUGGUACAGCGGCGAGUACGUCGAUGACGCAGGCGCCAAGCAUGAAGGCAUCUUCCCUCGCAACUUCGUAGAGAAGAUCGAGCCCCAGGCCCCGCCUCGCCCGACCAGAACCCGCCCCAAGAAGGAGGCCGAGGUCACAUCCCCAGUAGCGGAGGCGCCCGCUCCAGCUCCUCAGCCCGACCUUCAGCCCGCGCAAGAAGCUCGCCACGAGGUCGAGCAGCCCGCGCCGCCCGCGCCAGCUGCCCUUCCCACCUCGCCCGAAGCACCCGCCGCUCCCGAGCCCGAGCCUGUGAAGGCACCUGAGCCAGUCCCCGAACCAACCCCAGUAGCUCCGAUUAGCAAGGCCAGCGAGCCCCCCGCAGCUACGUCGCCCCCUAUCGCGAAGGCAUCACCUGCCCCAGCGAAGCCUGGCCCGCCCCCCAAGCCCUCCAGCAAUGCGUUCAAGGAUCGAAUCGCUGCCUUCAACAAGGCCUCGGCCGCUCCGAUUGCGCCCUUCAAGCCCAGCGGCCUGGCCCAGGGAUCCUACCACAUCAAGAAGCCCUUCGUCGCCCCACCUCCCAGUCGCAAUGCAUACGUUCCCCCACCCUCGCAGGCCCCAGUCGCCAAGGUCUAUCGCAGAGACGAAGACCCUGAGAUCCUGGAAAGAGAGGCAGAGAACCAAGAGAGCGCCGAGAGGGCUGGUAUGGUCCCUGGACCCUCCGGUGAGGAGGGCGAAGAUGCACCGAAGCCGACCAGCCUGAAGGAGCGCAUUGCGCUUCUGCAGAGGCAGCAACAAGAGCAAGCCCAGCGUCACGCCGAGGCUGCUGCGAAGAAGGAGAAGGCUAAGCGACCUCCGCCCAAGAAGCGUACCGACAGCCAGGAGGCGUCCGAGGAUGCCGGCGCUGCUGCUCCUGUCCCUGCGCCCGAGGCCGACACGGACGAGGCAGCGGGCAGGAGCUCUGUGGACUCCCCGCGUAUGCCGCCUGCGCCCCGUCGCAAAUCUUCUCGGGGACCUGCUACCGAGACCUACCACGAUGGAAACGAAGCGGAUAUGUCAGGCGCUGGUGACACCGAAGGACCAGAGGAUCUUACCGAACGCGACGACAGUGAUGCUGCUCCGCGUCCUGUUCCUCGACCUCAAGUCGCAUCACCCGUUGAGGCAAGAAAGGAAGAUGAGCAAGUUGAAGAGGAGGGCGAGGAAGAGGAGGAAGACGACGAUGUCGACCCCGAGGUUCGCCGAAAGGAAGAGCUCCGAGCAAGAAUGGCCAAGAUGAGUGGUGGUAUGGGUAUGCACGGCAUGUUUGGAAUUCCGAUGGGUGCUCCAGCCAUCCCGAAGAAGAAAAAGACAGCCGACAGGCCAGCGGAGACCUCCCCGACGGGGGAGCGUGAAGAGGAAACGACAUCGCCUGUUAGUCGUGUCCCUGUUCCGGGUAUGAUGGCUUUGCCCGGAAUGGGCGCACCCCGGCGUCAAGAGGAGCCAGCAGCCGCUGAUGAGCCUGAGCCCCCCACAUCACCGAGAGCGCCGCCUCCCCCUCCGCGAACGGUUGAAGAAGAUGAUGUCGAGGACGAGCCCGUCACCAGCCCCCCGCCCAGUCCUCGACCCCCUCCAAUUCCUCCUACCUCUGGGCUUAAGUCACCCAGUGAAGGCUCGGAAUCCGACGAUGAGUUGUCGGGUGGUGCCCAGGACACUCCCAAGCCCGAAGAAGCACGCGCACCUCCGCCGCUGCCACCGGUCGCAACCUCUGUUCGCUCGCCGCCCCCUAUCCCUGGCUCUGAGUUUUCCCCAACUUCACCAACCAGUUCUACGAACAAACGGAUGAGCAGGGUGCCGCCCCCUAUUCCUGGUGCUGCCCCUCCAAUUCCCACAGCUCAGUCGCGACCGCCACCUCCCCCGCCUCCCGGAGGCCCUCUGAGUCGUCAGUCGACGCAGGAUAUGCAUAUCGCUUCACCCAUCUCUCCUCCGAUCAGACCACCACCACAGGGUGAGGACGAAGACGAGGUAACCGAAUAUGAGGGUGACUACGAUACCGACAUUGCUUCCUCAGUUCCCCACAAGGAUGCACUCAAGUCUCAUGCGCGAGACUCUAGCCUCGAUGACAACACAUCAGUCAGAUCACCGAUAUCUGAUGCUCCUCCCACCCUGCCACCGCCCAUCCCAACUGGUCCUCCGCCUAGAGCUGCUCCGCCCCCAGUGCCCAUGCAGCCGCCAUCCGAAAAGCGUCGUUCCGUGGACGUCCCGCGGGCAGCACCGCCACCUCCCCCACCGGCCAGAGACGACGACGAGUAUGACCCUUAUAACUAUGCCGCCCCGAAGGUUCCCUACUCCCAGCGUACCCCUAUGAUCGAAGAGGAAGGAUACUUCCAGGACACUCCCCCUUUGCCGUCGCCUUCGCACACGAGAGCCCCACCUCCUGCCCCUCCCGGAGGCCGAGCGCGCCAGUCUAUGGAUGUCUCUCGAGCUUCCAUGUCACAGCGGCGCUCCAUGGAUGCACACAGGCCGUCCGUAUCUGUAGAGUCGGGCUUUAUCGCUAAUGACAUUGACCUGGCCAAGCAGAGCGGAUGGUGGCGCCAGGACAAGACGGUACCACCCGUUUUGCAGGGCAGACGAGACCUUUACUACGAGACUGUCGAUUCGACAUCGGGCUCUCACGUCACUCGCACCAUUUACGUGCUCUUCCAGGACUACUCGCAGACGAUCAUCACAGUAGAGUACGACCAGAACAACGCAGCAGACGUAAUGCUGGACCAGCGACAUGACCCACCGCCAAGAGCGCUGCGUCAGGAUGAGCUCGAGCAGUCUUAUGAAAGAUUCGGACGGCCGAUUUCCGAAGCGGUCACGUCCAAGAAGGAAACGGUUGUGGGUGAUGGAACGCCGCAGGGCCUCAUUCACGAGCUCUUGAAGCCUUUCAGCGAUGCCCUCGCGCCCAUUGGGACCAGAGCUUACGGUGCGCUUGUUUACUCCAACAUGGCCAACGCCUCGACACAACAGAACGACCAGAUCCGGCCUGGUGACAUCAUUUCCAUCCGCAAUGCUCGCUUCCAGGGUAAGCAUGGUCCCAUGCAUGCCAAGUACUCGAUGGAGGUCGGCAAGCCCGACCACGUCGCUGUUGUGUCGGAAUGGGACGGCACCAAGAAGAAGGUUCGCGCCUGGGAGCAAGGCCGCGAGAGCAAAAAGGUCAAGGUCGAGAGCUUCAAGCUCGACGACCUGCGCAGUGGCGAAGUCAAGAUCUGGCGCGUGAUGCCCCGAAGCUGGGUGGGAUGGAACAGCCCGUCUUAG